AUGGAGUUGACUUUCGAGCAGCUCUCGAAUGUGCGUCGUCUUCCCAGCAUUACCAGCCUCUCCGUCUCCGUCCGGCCCUGCUUUUCUCCUGGCGACGCAGGCUCGGCUGACUUCACCAUCGCAGAGUUACCGUUGAUAAAAUCGCUGGUUACCAGCCAGAUACCGUCGGAGAUGUUGCUUCCGAGUUGGCCGUGCACGAGCCUGGAACAACUGCAGAUCUCAGGUUGCCGGGAAUUGGAGCGACUCCCGCACGACAUUGCAGAGGUGCUGCCAUGUCUUCGUGAGCUCACCAUUUGGGGGUGCGAGCUCUUCCAGGAGCUUCCCGAGGGUUUCACUUCCCUGAACCACCUCGAGUCCCUGUCAAUCUUCAAGUGCCGCCAGUUUCGCUGCCUGCCCGAAAACGUUGGGAGAUUAUCUGCCCUGAAAACUCUGGUUCUGGAAAAGCUGCCGCUGUCAAGCCUCCCUGACUCCCUCUGCCAGCUCAGCGCCUUGGAGACCUUCUUUCUUCUCUGGUGCGAGCCCAUCUGCGAGCUGCCAGCAGGCUUCUGCUGCCUCACAGCCCUCAGGACCCUCUGCCUCGGGCGAGUGGCGCUUCCAGCGGACAUAGGACGGCAGUGUAACCUCCAGACGCUUCUUUUGAGAGAGAGCUUUCAGCAGCGCCAACUCCCGUCCUCUUUAACUGAGAUCUCCUCGCUGACAAGGCUGGAGCUGGAAAUGUGCCACGUGGAAGCGCUCCCAGAGGGCGUGGGAGAGCUGAGAAACCUGCUGGAGCUGCACGUCUCCCUCUGCUCGCAUCUCACGGCCCUUCCGGCGUCGGUGUCGCGCAUGACUGGCCUCGAGACUCUCACAAUCUCUGAAUGCAGAGAGCUCGCCUCAGUGCCCACAAGGCUGGACGGCCUUACAAGGCUCAAGCGGCUUGCGGUGACCUCGUGUGACGCGCUGAAGCAUCCUCCUCAGGCUGACGGGGCUUCGAACACUUUGCCUGGACAGGGUGUCUGUGGCAUGCGGGAGCACUACGAUGCCGAGGAGCUUCCCUUCGCUCUGACGUUUCUGUCUCGGCUGCGCACCCUGAUUGUUCAGAGCGCGGGAAACGUCCAAAGGCUGCCGCCCGAUAUGGGGACGGCAUUGCCGCAGCUGCGGAAGCUGAAGCUGGGAUGUGGGGAGUUGAGGGAGCUGCCAGCGAGUGUCACCGCUAUUGAGAAUCUCACGAGCUUGGAGGUAGACUAUGCGUCCCAACUGGCCUCUCUCCCGGAUGGCAUCGGUGCAUUGUCCAGGCUGCGAAAGCUGCACCUCAUUCUCUGCGAGAAAUUAGAGAAGCUGCCUGCCUCUCUCACGCGCCUUACCUGCCUGAACGAGUUGGCGAUUCCGCACAGCUCCAUCCGCUCCCUGUGUCCCGACUUUGCGCGGCUUACGCGGCUCAAAUCCCUCUGCUUGACAGGAUGCGCGAAGCUGCAGACGCUGCCACGGGAGUUGAGUGAGCUGAAGGCUCUGCAGAGGCUGGAUGUGCAGGAGUGUGGGCAUGUGAUUGACAGUGAUGGGAGUAUCAACCAGGUGUAUGGAUUGAAAAUAUACAAGUAG